CCCCGGAGCCGCCACAUUCCGCGUCCUCAGAGCCCGAUCUGUCCUCUCGCUGCCGCGCCGCCGCCUCCGCCCGCGCAGCCCCCGCCAUGGCUCUGUAGCCGCCACCCCUCCGCGCCCCGACCCGUCUCCGCGCUCACCGCGCCUGCGCUCUCCGUCCCGCCUUCUUUCUUCAGCCGCGGCCGCCGCCGCCUCUCCUUUCCGCAGCCAUGGAGUCCUCCACCUUCACCCUGGUGCCUGUCUUCGCCCCGCUGAGCAGCCUCCAGAGCGCCCUCCCAGCUGCCGGUGCAGCUUCCUUCGUGGCCAUCGGCGCCCGGCGCCUCUACUGCAGCCAUGUCACUCCUGGCGACCCUCGGGCUGGAGCUGGACAGGGCCCUGCUCCCAGCUAGCGGGCUGGGCUGGCUCGUAGACUAUGGGAAACUCCCCCUGGCCCCUGCCCCCCUGGGUCCCUAUGAGGUCCUUGGGGGAGCCCUGGAGGGCGGGCUUCCAGGGGGGGGAGAGCCCCUGGCAGGUGACGGCUUCUCGGACUGGAUGACUGAGCGGGUUGGGGACCGCAAGCAAAAGAAGAGAGACCAGAACAAGUCUGCGGCUCUGAGGUACCGCCAGAGGAAGCGGGCAGAGGGCGAGGCCCUGGAGGGCGAGUGCCAGGGGCUGGAGGCUCGCAACAGGGAGCUGAGGGAGAGGGCCGAGUCGGUGGAGCGGGAGAUCCAGUACGUCAAGGACCUGCUCAUCGAGGUGUACAAGGCCCGCAGCCAGAGGCCGCGCAGCAGCUAGCGGCCGGCGGGGGCAGCCAGCCCUGCCUGCCUCGUCUGGGCGGAGGGGCUGGGCCUUCCGCCACCCUGGCCCCGCUGCAGUCUCUCUCUCUGCCUUUACCUUGGUCUUUUACCGAUUUGAGAAUUUGCCCCUGCCCUCCCCACCAGCAUGAAAGAUGUUCGGCCUUCACCGGCAUGUUCACCCCUCAAGUAACAGCUGAGAGGGAGUUUAGGAGCAGGGGGCAGCUUGGAAACCCGGCAGAGGAGUCUAGAGCGCUUCGGGGGGGCAGUGGGGGAGGGCUCAGAAGGGGCCCGGGAAAGCAGGCCAAGAGGCCUGGGGAGGGCGGCCGGGGCAGGGAGCCGAAGAUGGCCAGGUCACAGCCAGUGGCCAUGCAGGCAGUGGGGAGGCGGGCCGGGCGGGGAGCCUAGUUGGGACUAGUGUUCAUUUUAGCUCUGGGAGGAAAUCAGUGUUUUGUGAAGGUGUUGGGGGAGGGCCUGCAACAAAGUGGGGGGUCGGGGAGGUGGACGGACGGAAUUGUGGACGGAAAUAAAACGAAGAAUUUUCUCUGG